AUGGAGCUUGCUGAGACCAUUAGACUGACAGGUCAGUCAGCUCCAGAGAGCCUCCUGUCCCUGCCAUCCAACUACAAGGACAGGUGUGUCUAUAAUCUUAGUCUUACUACUGAUGGUCCUGCUACCGUGGGCACCGAAGUGACCAUCUCAGCCAGCCUGGUGGUCAAGGACAAUGGCAGCCUGCUCCUGCCUGCAGAUACCCACCUCUACCGUUUCCACUGGAUCCACACACCUCUGACACUCACUGCCAAGACUGAGAAGAAUCUAACCUCCACCAUCCGCGUGUUGGGCAGCGUGCCUGGGGACUUCCCAGUCUCUGUCUGGGUCACUGCUGUCGACUGCUGGAUGUGCAAGCCGUUAGCCAGGAGUACUCUACUCCUCCCCAUUAAAGAGUCCCUUGUGGGAAACAUAGUCGUUACCCAAAACACCUCCCUGUCUUGGCCGAAAUCCUACAUCACCAAGAAAAGUCUUAGACUGUCCUUCCUUCUCCAUGACCCAAGUGACUUCUUCAAGUCGGCUUCCUUCUUCUACCGUUGGGACUUUGGAGACGGGACCUUGUUGAUAACUGACAACUCCGUGGUGUAUUACAACUAUUCGAGCCCUGGAACCUUCACGGUGAAAGUCAGGGUGGUGGCGGAAUGGGAGCAGAUAGAGCCAGACACCACGAAGGGCAUCAUCCAGAAGACCGGCGACUUCUCAGCAUCGUUAAAUCUGCGGGAGUCACUUCAAGGCAUCCAGAUUUCGGGGCCCACCCUCAUGCAGACAUUCCAAAAGCUGACAAUGAACCUGAAUUUCUUUGGGAGCCCACCUCUGCAUUUGUGCUGGGGCCUCAAGCCGCAGUGUCUCCCACUGGAGGACAGAGAGUGCCACCCCGUGUUGGUGACCCGGACAUCUUUUAACCUGACCCACCUCUUCCAGGACCCCGGGGACUACUGCUUCAUCUUCCGUGCUGAGAAUGCUAUCAGCAAGGCUCACCAGUACCACAGGAUUCAGGUGUGGCCCUCCAGCUUCCAGCCCUUUGCCUUUGCUUUCCCGUGUGCCACACUGAUCACCGUGUUGCUGGUUUUUAUCAUGUACAUGACUGUGCGGAGCGCUACUAACCAGAAGGGCAUAGUGGAGGUGGCAGAUUUUGACUUUUCCCCCAUGUCUUAAAAGAGCCCAGCAGCCACUGGGAUCAAGUGUUGCUGCCAGGUGUGCUGCGGCUCGCUCUUUCUGGACAGCCCGUCUGAGUACCUGGAAAUCGUCCGCGAGAACCACGGGCUGCUCCCACCCGUCUACAAACCUGUGAAAACUUACAAUGUGUGAACUCCCACCCCAUACCUCUCAGUAUUCACCGAUCAUCCAUUGGGAGCUUUGGGCAGGGUGGCUUAUGCUACUGAGCAGGAGGGGUUUACACAGGUGUGACCAUUUGCCCAGACUGGUCACUGAUCUGUACAGUCCAGCUGACGUCAUCUGCCCUUUGUGUCACCUCCCUGCUGUCAUCUAUUCAUCCGUACAGUCUAGUCAGUGCUGUAAGCUGUUCCUAGUCACCCUCUCCCCUUUACCAAGCAGGAUUCCGAUUUUUAGUGUGUUGUGUUAAGAC